UGUUGGCUGACUUCAAAAAAAGUCGUAAAAAGUUUGUUUACAAAAAGAAAUUUAAUUUAAUUCAUUAGCUAUACAUCAUAAUGGCUAAAGAAUUUACAUUAAAUACUGGAUAUAAGAUCCCAAUGAUCGGAUUGGGAACUUAUUUAAUAACCGAAACUGAUUUUACAAAUAAAGUCAUUGAUGAAGCACUUACUGCUGGUUAUCGUCUGUUUGAUACAGCACAUAUGUAUAAUAAUGAAAAGUUCUUAGGUGUUGCAUUCAAAAGUCUGUUGAAAAAGCAUAAAUUAAAGCGUCAAGAUAUUUUCAUAACGACCAAAUUUGUUCCAUCAACCAACUAUAAAACUGAAGAAGACUACCACAAACUUGUUAAAGAAUCACUGGAAAAUUUACAAGUGGAUUAUUUAGACUUGUUGCUUCUUCAUUGGCCUGGAGUUUAUGGAUUGCCGAAUAAAUCAAAAGAAGUAAUCAAAUACAGACAUAAUGCAUGGAAAGCACUAUCAAAAUUCAAGGAACAAGGUUUAAUCAGAUCAAUUGGAGUUUCAAACUUUUUAAUUCGACAUUUAGAGGAACUAAAGACAGAAUGUAAUGUGAUUCCAGCACUUAAUCAAGUUGAGUAUCAUCCACAUUACUUUGAUUUAGAACUUCUUGACUACUGCAAGAAGAAAGGCAUUUUAAUGCAGGCUUAUUCAUCACUUGGAACUAGCGGUGAUCGAUCACUGAGAAAUCAUAAAACAGUUAGAAAUAUUGCAAAGGAACUGAAUAAAUCCUCAUCACAAAUUCUGUUAAGAUGGGCAACCUUGAGAGAUGUCGCAAUCAUUCCAAAAGCAAGUUCCAAAGAUCAUUUGUUCGAAAAUAUCAGCCUUAACUUUGAGAUUCCUAAAGAUAAGAUGGAAAGUUUAGAUAGGUUGUGUAUAAAUGAGAGAUUUGAUUGGGAUCCAAAUGAUAUUAUUUAAACUGAACAUUUUUAUUUUAUGGGACGGUUUAAGCUUUUAAAAAUAUGAACCAUUAUAUUACUUAAAUGCUGUUUAAUUCGAGUUUUAUUAAUUAAUGAGUAAUGUUCUGGAAAAGAACGCUAUAAAUAUGUUAGGGUAAAUGACUUUGAAAUUUGCGCACUCGUAUGAAAACGAAAAUUUAAAAGUUUAUAUCUGAAAAUUGCACUUCUGUUCAGACGAUCAAUGGGAAAUGUCUGCAGAACACAAGCACAGAUGUUUUUUUAUAAUUUUUAGUGGUCUUAAGGCACUAGAAAGCUUAAUAAUUUAUUACCAAAAACUCCAAUACAAAACUUAAAUUUCUUUACAUUUUGAUUUUGAGGUGCAUGC